UUGGGUGGGCAGCACAGGCUGAGGCCUGGACCUCACUAUCAUCAGACAACUUGGGUCAACCAGCAAGCACCCUAAUUCUUCAGGCCACAGCUUCCUCCUGUAUGGCAUGGAGAGAAAGCUGUCUGGAGGACCAAAGGGGUCCAGCAACUCCCUUCUCCAGUUAGUCCUGGCAGCCCUAGCUCUGCAGAACAGAGCUGAAGGUUGGGGGGGGGGGGUCAUUUUUGUGUGCGUCUAGCCUUGUGACCUUAGACAAUUGCUGAGCUUCUCUGAGUUCAUUUAGAAAAUGGGCAUUACACCAUUCACCUCAUGGAGUUGUAAAGACAGAGAGAGAGAAUGGGCAAAGCACCGACACAUAAUUCAGUUCCUGAUGCAGCUACUUGUCCUGGGUUGAGUCCACCUAUCCAAAACUGUUAUUCCUCAUCUGGAGAAACUGAAGUCGAGGGAUGACCUUCUCAAAGAAAACUCAUCUCUCAAUGUUCCAAGCUGCCUCAAGAAGAGGAUGGGGGAACAGGUCAACUAGGCUGAGGGGAGACCCUGGUAUUGACAGAGAUGGAGCCUGGAUGUGGAGGCCCUCCUGUGCUGCUCCGCUGGACCCCACCUACGCGGCAGCCUGCCCUGUGGCCAACCCUGGCCACUCUGGUCCUGCUGAGCAGUGUCGCUGAGGCCUCCCUGGGCCUCGCCCCCCGCAGCCCCGCCACCCCUGGAGGCCCCGCCCCAGCCCCGGCGCCCCCCGCCGGCCACCUGACGGGUGGCCGCGUGUACCGUUCCUGCAGCGGGAGGGCCCAGCGGCCGCCCCCACAGCCGCCCCGGCCCGCGCCCUCGCCCGCUCCUUCCCGCGGGGGCCGCGCAGCGCGUGCGGGAGGCCGACGUGGCGGAGCGAGCCGGGGGAACCGCGCGCGGGCCACGGUGGUGCGGGGCUGCCGCCUGCGUUCGCAGCUGGUGCCGGUGGGCGCGCUCGGCCUGGGCCACAACUCCAAUGAGCUGGUGCGUUUCCGCUUCUGCAGCGGCUCUUGCCGCAGAGCGCGCUCCCCGCACGACCUUAGCCUGGCCAACCUGCUGGGCGCUGGGGCCCUGCAGCCGCCUCCGGGCUCCCAGCCGGUCAGCCAGCCCUGCUGCCGACCCACGCACUACGAGGCGGUCUCCUUCAUGGAUAUCAACAGCACCUGGAGGACCGUGGAUAAGCUCUCAGCCACUGCCUGUGGCUGCCUGGGCUGAGAACUCUGGCCAAGGAUUUGCAGAUGGCACCCUUACCGGGGAUCUUCCUGCCUGGAAGGGACCCGGGGCCUCAACCAGAGAUGGACAUCACAGGCCUCAGCUGGGCGAGUGAUGGGCAUCAACCGUGGAGAGAUAGAGGGACGACAGUCCUGACCCUCCUAGUCCCAGCCCUACAGACACCAGAAACCUCGGCUAUGGAGGCCUUAGGACUCACUUCUCACAGACUCUAGCACUGACCAGGCCACAGACCCAGGACUCCUCUUCUGGAGAACCCAGCAGUGUUUGAGGUCUCAGCCUCAGCCCAGGCCCUGAGUGGAGACAGAAAUGGAGGAGACAGAUUGCAUUCGCACUGCUGAAGCCUGGGCUGGAGCGCGCCUGGGACUCACUCCUGGGAAC